AUGACCAAGAUCAUCCUCUCCAUCAACGCGGGGUCAAGCUCCGUGAAGAUCUCCGUGUACACGGCCAAGCACCGCGAGCCUCCGAAGCAGCUCGCCGAAGCCCAGAUUAGCGGGCUGACGGCUCCGCCAGCGCAGCUGACGUACUCCCGGGGCGACGUCCAGGUGCUCGACCACCAGGAGGUGAAAGAGAACGUCGCGACGCAGGAUGACGCCUUCAAGAUCCUGCUCGGCACCUUCACCGGCGACCAGGAUUUACCCGAGAUAUCCGCCAAGGGGGACAUUUCGGUCGCCUGUCACCGGGUCGUCCACGGAGGCGACUAUAAGACGGCCAAGGUCAUCACGCAAGAUACCUACCACCAUCUAGAGCUGCUGACGGACCUGGCACCGCUGCACAACGCCAACGCGCUGCGCAUCAUCAAGACGUGUAUGGACGAGCUUCCAAGCGCCCUCAACGUCGCUUACUUUGACUCCCAGUUUCAUGCAACGCUGCCACCGCAUAUCUGCACAUAUCCUAUCAACCAGGAGAUCGCAAAGAACAACCAGCUGCGCAAGUAUGGCUUCCACGGCAUUAGUUACUCCUUUAUUACGCGGGUCGUCGCCGAAUACCUCGGCAAGGAUCAGUCCGACCUCAACAUCAUCGCCCUGCACCUGGGCAGCGGGGCCAGCGCAUGCGCCAUCAAGGGCGGUCACAGCUGGGACACGAGCAUGGGACUGACGCCGCUGGCGGGGCUCCCGGGAGCGACUCGCAGCGGCAGCGUGGAUCCGAGUCUGGUGUUCCACUACGCGAGCGACGUAGGCAAGCUGUCGCCGUCGUCGACCAAGGAGCUGCACAUAUCGGUGGCGGAGGAGAUCCUCAACAAGCAGAGCGGGUGGAGCGCGAUCACGGGCACCACCAACUUCGGCAAGAUCGCGGCGUCGGACCGGCCCGAGUGCAAGCUCGCCUUCGACCUGUUCGCGGACCGCGUGUGCGCCUUCGUUGGCUCCUACUACGUGUCCCUGGCCGGCAAGGUGGACGCGCUGGUGUUCGCGGGCGGCAUCGGCGAGAAGAGCGACAAGCUGCGGGCGGCCGUCGUCGAGCAGGUCGGGUGCCUUGGCUUCGGGAUCGGCCCCACGCUCAACGCGGCCAAGAUCUCCAGCGUCGUGCAGGACGUGGGCGCCAAGGGCGCCAGGCACAGGACCCUUGUGUGCCGCACGGACGAGCAGUACGAGAUGGCGAGGGGGUGCGCCGAUAACGACGAGCUGUGGUGA